GCUUCAGCGGUGGAUGAGAAAAUGCAGUAGUCCCACACAUUUUUGGAUGUUAUAAAGAUGGCGAGAGACAGAAAGUGCAUCCUCUGUGAAACAGUCCAUGUCUCCAAGCAGGAGAUGGAUGAGCACAUGAGAAGUAUGCUGCACCACCGUGAGCUGGAGAAGCUCAAAGGCCGGGACUGUGGACACGAGUGCAGAGUGUGCAAGGUGACGGUGGUGAGCCUCACUGAUUAUGCCAGCCACAUUUCCAGUCCCACGCACAAGCAGAAUGUGGAGGCUGCAGAACAAAAGCAUGCCGGGAAUGACCAUGAUGAGUACUACUUCGAUCAGGCGUUGGUAGACCUGAUUGAGAAGAGAAAAGAACAUGUCAGAAAAGAGAAAGAGGCUGCUGCUGCAAAGCUGGCAAAAGAAGAAGAGGAUCGAAGGAGAAAGGAGGAGUUUCAGCAAAGGUUAAAGGAAGCUAAGGAGCAGUACCGGCUGGGAUGUGGCUGGCAGCAGCCAUCACAGGGGUUCAGUGGAUCCAGUCAUCACAAUUCUUGGUACAGAAACAACCGAUAUAAUGCCAGAGCAGGAGAGGCACAACCCUGGCACCACAGUAAACAGGGAAAGAGUGCCACUUGGCAUGCUCAGGAGCCUCCCAACUUUCAGAAAUGGGCAUCUGGGGGGUUUGCUGGUGGAAGCUUGCAUAGUCAGGAAAGUUUGGGCAACAAGCAGUCUGAUCAGGGGCCAUUUUUUGGUAAUCAACGAAGUCGACUGCCUUGGCUCAGCAGCGGAGGCAGUAGCCACGGGGUCUAUGGUCGAAACAAUAUUUCCCUGAACCCACAAAGGGGCCGGCCCCUGAGCCUUUUCGGGCCUACUAUGUAUCCACCUCCACCCAGUUUUUUUGCCCAGGCUCUUAACCAGGUUCAAAAUACCGGCACCGACCGGGGAGGUCAGCAGGCUGAUGGGCUUCAGAAUAAAGAGGGACAAACCGCAGAACCUGACCACAGCAGUAGUAAGAGCUCUAAGACCUUUGGUAGUAAUCCAAAGCUGGACAAAGCCUGUCGCUGGUCACCCUAUCCAGUCACAAAGGGUUUUGAAUCUGUACUACACAAGGAAACAAACCCAAACUCAUCAGAGAAGAGUCCCAAAGUCCCUAAACCCCAGAAGCAAGACAAGGCACCAGAAACAAGUGCCUUUAGCAGGCAGUCUCGACCUGAACAGAAAUCAGGGCAGCUGACCUCGAGUGGACAAAGUGUGGAAGAGCAAGGGAAGCAUAAAACAAAUCCCCAAACCAAACUCAGUGAUAGGAGUAGCAGCAGCAGUAGUAGAAGCAGCAGUGCUCAGGGAGAUGGCCAGCAUAACUCCACAUCUGGUCUUUCCAAUCAAAAGGCAAAUAAGCCAUUACAACAUAAAGAUCAGAAGAUGUCCUCAAUUUUUGGUCUCAACAAUGGAGCUAAACUCAACAAGGCCUCAUGUCAAGCGCAUGCACAUCAAAAGAGUGGAUUCAUUUCCCAGGCUCCACCACCUGUUGGGCCCCUUCAGUCAAGGACAGAACGAAAGCUUCCAGAAACGGUCAACAAAGCCAAACAGAUUGUGUUAGAAAAGAGAGGCUCUCUGGAUAGAUCGAGAAACAACAGUAUGGAAAUGACACUGCACAUUGUGGAGGAGCAGCAAAGGGAUCAUGUCCAGAAUCAGAUUGGAGUGAACAAAGAAAACAGCUGUAAGCACAAUGCGGCUAAACCAAAUUUACCUGUCAGGUCAGAAAAGCCUGCAUUGCAGUCUUCAGACAGCGGCCAGUUUCUCCAAUCAUUGCAAGUUAGCACCUCUACCAUGGAGAGCUCAGAGCCUGCAGCCUCAAGCAGGGAAGACGAGGAGAACAGAAAGAAAGUGGAGAAGUAUUCAUGCCCAGUGGCACCAGAUGAAGCCAUGCAGGCUGUUGAGGCAGGGCAGAGCUCAGAGAGUGACAACUCCAGAAGUGGUGAAGCACAGACUGUCUCAGGGUCAAACACAUCAGGUCUGUCCAAACUUGACCUGCCUCCUGUGUUAAAACGUGACCUGACCAAACACAUCAGCUCCAAGAGCAAAACUGGUAGCCACGAGCCCAACCUGAACAUUGCCAGGCGGGUGCGAAACCUGAGCGAGUCGCGGAGAAGUGACACAGAAAAGGACUCGGGGCUUAAACCAACUGUACGGCAGCUCAUCAGCUCCUCUGGAUCUCGACGUAAUGUAAACUGGGAGCAGGUGUAUCAGGAGGUCAGGAAGAAGCAAGACAAAGGAAAAGGCAUGCCAAGGUUUGGGAUAGAAAUGGUGCCAUGUGAACAGGAGGAAGACGACAUUCCCCUGCUAGAGGGUUUCCAAUGGGAGUCAUUAAUGGACAUAUCCGCCUCGGGCGCCUCCCGAAAACGCUCCUUGUCAGAGAGCAGCCUCGCCCCUGCAACCGCUCACUCCCUGUUUACAUCCAUGAUGUCAAAGGAGACGGCACAAAGAGAAGGCCUUAGCUCAGAGCAGCAGGGAUCCUCCAUUUCUCCCAGUCCCAUAUACACUCAAGAGAACAAAGACAGUCAGCAUCAGCAAGAGGUAGAGCAGAUACUUGGUCAGUUUGAGGCUAAAAAAGAGAAGCAGCCAGACACACUUACGUCUGCAACAGUAAAGGCCCUUCAGCGGUCUGAUUCAGUGCUCGGGGAUAGCAGUUCGGGGACUGAGCAGUAUGACGGACAGGGAGCAGGAAAGAGGCGAAGAGCAGCUGGGGAUGUUCAAAGUGCAGAGACUUCUAGCUUGGAACAUAAUAACAAAAGAAGGAAGGUCAAAUCCAAAAAAGAGCGUUUACAGAUUGACCAGCUGCUGGCUGUGUCUUUGCGGGAGGAAGAGCUGAGUCGCUCCCUGCAGACAGUGGACACCAGCCUGAUCCAGGCCCGGGCUGCACUAGAGGCUGCCUACAUGGAGGUGCAGCGUCUCAUGGUGGUUAAACAACAGAUGACUGGAGAGAUGAGCUCACUGAGAAACAAGCGCAUCGAGUUACUAAAAGGGAUGCAAGGUAGUAUGGAGGAAACGCCGCAGGUCAAACUGAAAGAAGAAAAGAUGGAUUCAGUAGAAGCUGAGCCACACGUGCCCUUCUCCACUACGCUUUCCUCUGUUAUUGACACUGCUGCUGCUCCCAGUCCUAGCCCUGUUGCCGAGCGUGCCUCCCCUCCCUCUUCCAGCCUUUCCUUUAUGCCUGUAACUAUCAAGCAGGAGCCUCAGUCUCCUGUCCAUGUUAGCUCAGAGCCAGAUCCUGUGGACAACAUAACCCACUUUGCUCACAGCACCACUCCAGAGCUGCCUCCUGCUCCUGCUGCAGCCUCUCCACCAGAUCCUGCCCUUAAUUUCCAGCCAUCUCCUGAAAGAAAGCCCAAGCUGUACCAAUCGAACACAGAACAAAACUGGGAGGACUUCAGCGAACUUGCAGACUGCAAAGAGAGCCUGUCAGCACUGGUUGAGACAACUGAAAAGGCCAUACAGGCAACGCGGAACUCUCUCACCUUUUUGCCUGACUCUAAAGCGUCCAUAAAGCAUCUCUCAGAUAGCAGAACAGGCUCUGAGGUGGGCAGUGUUGUUGACGGUGCAGCCACACACUCCUUUGAGCCCCCCUCAGUCCCCAAUCUGCCUGCCUCUCCAUCUGAACUGAGGAGCGGAAAGCGUGUAAGGAAGCUGAAGAAGAGGAAAGAGUUGAACAAGGUCCAAGGGACAGAGCAGGCUGAGAGCAGCGACACAGAGUUAGAUGGAGAGGCCUUAAGGCCGAAGUGGCUUCGACCACGGAGGAGACCCAGUGGAAGCUCGCAGGUCAGUACCUCCACUCAUCCUUUAGAAGAUAGAGAGGGAGACAUAAACACAGAGAGAAGUGAGGAGAUAUCUAGGCAGCUUUUUCGUGCCGUCAGACUUGAGAAACUAAAAUUCAAGUCCCCCAAACGAAUGCCGCAGCUUCUCCAGGUGGCCCCCGCUGAACAUGCAGUGAACUUAGAUUCAGAGGAAAGUAUGGAGGUCACUGCAGCCUGUCAGCCGCCCCACAUGGAUGCCCCGAUUCCAGCUCCCCCUCCAGCCCAGUACUGUGACUCCUCAAGACCUGAGCCACGGAGCCUGGCCUGCAACGAGGUCACCUCCACCAGUGACAUGGAUGUGUGUAGAUCCUCGGAGAGUGACGUGCAGUAUACCUUCACUUCAUUUGACAAGAUAACGAAGACCUCAUCAGAUGCAUCAUCUGACCACGGUGAGGAUGAUUUGCCCACGGAGGGUGUGUUCGAGGGCCACCAGGAGGCAGUGAAUGCCAUGCAGAUCCACAACGGGCUGCUGUACACGUGCUCAGGAGACCGGACUGUCAAAGCCUUCCACCUGGUGACUCAUGAGUGUGUGGGUGUGUUUGAGGGUCACAGCUCCAAAGUGAGCUGCCUGUAUGUGUCUGCGGCUCCCGGUCUGCAUCAUCGCCUUUAUUCUGGUUCC